AUGCAGCAUCUUACGGAGGAGCUCGAUGAGGAGGAGAUGGCAGGUAGGCUUUACAAGAAGUUCCUUCAAUUAAAUGGUUUAGUUGUGCUAAAGUACAGCCCCCCACAAAAAAUUGCGUAAAAGGAUCGAGGAGCAUCUGUCAAUCGUCACACAGUCAAGAAUAGUGAAAGUAGAACAAAAAGACAAAAGAAAACAGAGAGGUAACACUUUAACAGACUGUUCUCGCGCGUCAUCGUGUUGCUGCCUCCAUCCUCUCCCAUUCUUGGAGGUCUUCUCAAGUCUGUUAGUUAAACGUCCAAUUUAACAGCUCUAGGAAACGAAAACAAUACCAGUAGUUAAAUAAAACCCUUAACCAUGCGUGUGUACUACCGCGAGGGAUUCAACCUGUCUCCCUUCAGGUUUUUUGAUAAACUCCGCCUCGCCAAAAUUAACCAUCAAUCAGGAGAGAUUAAGACGCUUCUGACUGCACUCCUGUCAAUACUAAUUAGACUUUCAUUGGUAGGCUAAAUCCUGCGGAACCCCACUUGUCCAGAUAAACUGCUUUAGUCCGAAGACAAAUCCCUCCAUGCUUACAUCUGUCUAACCCACAUACAGUGCCUUCAGAAAGUAUUCAUACCCCUUGAUUUAUUUCACAUUUUGUUGUGUUACAGCCUGAAUUCAAAAUUGAUUAUGUUUAUUUUUUUUCUCACCCAUCUACACACAAUACCCUAUAAUAACAAAGUGAAAACAUGUUUUUUGAAAUUGUUGCUAAUUUAUUGAAAAUUAAAUACCGGAAAUCUAAUUUACAUAAGUAUUCACACACCUUUGCUAUGACACGCCAAAUUGAGCUCAGGACGGGUGCAUCCAAUUUCCAUUGAUCAUCCUUGAGAUGUCACUACAACAUGAUUGGAGUCCACCUGGGGCUAUUCAAUUGUUUGAACAUGAUUUAGAAAGAAACAUACCUGUCUAUAUAAGGUCCCACAGUUGACAGUGCAUGUCAGAGCAGAAACUAUACCAUGAAGUCCAAGGAACUCUCCAUAGAUCUCCAAGAUAUAAUUGUGAUGAGGCAUAUACACUAUCUGGGGAAGGGUAUAAAACAAUUUCUAGAUUGUUGAAAGUUUCCAAGAGUACAGUGGUCUACAUCAUUGGGGAAUUGAAAAAAUAUAGAACUGUUACAGGAGGGAGUCACAGUUCUGACAACCUUAGGCACCUCCUCACUCACAGUCGGGACUAAUCAUCAUCCUAUUGGUGUCACCUGUGUCUAUCGGUUCACCUGUGUAUUUAUGCCCUCACUUCCCUGUGUUCCCUUGCUCCGUUUUCUCUGCUAGUUUCUCUAUGUCCAGAAGUACUACUCAGUGUCUGAUCAUAGAUAUAUGUACAGGUACUUGAGAAGUGUUCUCCCUGUUUCGUUAUUUGUUUCAGUCUUAGGUAGUAUUUCAUAUUUUGGCUGUCAGCCGGUUUUUGGAGACUUAUUUGCUCCGCCUUUCUUUUAUCGUGAUAAGUCCGUUAUAUUGUAUUUUGGCUUCGGGACCACCAGUAAAGAUCCUUGUUUCACCAUCUCUGCCUCCUGCCUCCUGUAUAUCCUGCACCGCACCUGGGUCACACCUCACCCCAACCCUUACAGAAAACUGAGCCAAUAUGGACCCAGCGGAGGCAGCACAGUAUCGGAGCGCAUUGGCAACACAGGGAGCUAUGCUGAACCAACACGACCGCAGCCUGCAGCAGAUCACCGUGCAGAGCCGGGUGGACCCCCGACCUGCGCCGGCAGCCGGGGGAGCGGAAGUCGCGGCAGCGGCGUCUCCAGUCUUGCCUGUGACAUCGCGGGAACCCCGCCUACCACCUCCGGAGAGGUAUGACGGAUGUCCAGAGGGCUGCAGGGAAUUCCUCACCCAGUGUUCCCUGGUAUUCAGCCUACAACCCUCUUCCUUCCCGACGGAGCAGGGUCGGGUGGCCUACAUCAUCACUCUGUUGACGGGUCGGGCCCUUUCCUGGGCUACCGCGGAGUGGGAGAGCCAAACUUCGGCGUGCUCCGACUCCUACCAAUUCACCCGGGAGCUACACAAGAUGUUCGACACCUCUCUGGUGGUGUCGGGGCACGAGGCCGGGAGGCAGCUCAUGGCCUGUCGGCAGGAUGACCGUUCGGUGGUGGACAUGGAGUUCCGGACCCUGGCUCGAGAGGUAGGAUGGGAGGAGUCUGCCCUGGUCGUCCUUUACGCCCAGGGGCUAUCGGAGGGGAUGAAGGACGAACUCUCCUUCAGGGAGCUGACUGAGCAACUGGACGGCCUCGUCAAACUCUCGUUGCGGGUAGACAAUCAGCGUCGUGAGAGGGCACAUGAGAGAGGGAUGAUGCAAGGUGCGCCUCUGCGUCCCCCUAUCAACCCAGCGGCUUUCCGACGAUUCAGGGAGGAGACGCCUCAGGAGGAGGCUAUGCAGCUGGGGGCGGCGCACUUGUCCAGGAUGGAGAGGCAGAGGCGCCUUAACCAGGGACGUGGCCUGUACUGCGGCCAGGCAGGUCACCACUGCGACUCAUGCCCGGAGAAGCCAGGAAACAGGAGGACUCGCUAUUAUCGGGAGGGGUGUUAGCGAGCCGGAACCGAAACCCCAAAUCCAGAGACUCCCGACUCUUUUCUCCCCGUCAGGGUUCAGUGGUCCCGCGCUGCACGUCGGGCGCAUGCACUGGUGGAUUCUGGGGCCGCGGGAAACCUGAUGGACGCGUGUCUGGGCCAAGGGUGGAGUGUUCCGUUACUCUCCCUCUCCGAACCGGUUCUGGUCACAGCCGGCCGUUGGGGUUGCCACCGGGAGGACGGCGGCUACAGACGCCGUCACCGGCGUAGACCUGGUAGGCGUUCCCCGGGAGUAUUGGGAUCUGGGGGAUCCUCACAGGCCUUACGACUGCGCUAUCGAUCUCCUGCUGGGUGCCAUGCCCACACGAGGGCGAUUGUUUCCCUUGUCCCGGCCGGAGACGCUGGCCUUGAGGGAGUAUAUCAACGAGGCACUCGUCGAGGGUCACAUCUGUCCCUUUACCUCACCCGCGGGCGCGGGCUUCUUCUUCAUGGGGAAAAAAGACGGUGGGCAGCGGCCGUGCAUUGAUUACCGGGUGCUCAACGACAUCACGGUUAAGAACUGCUACCCACUCCACCAAGCUGGACUUACGUAAUGCCUACAACCUGGUGAGGAUUCGGGAGGGGGACGAGUGGAAGACAGCUUUUAACACACCCAGUGGGCAUUAUGAGUACCAAGUCAUGCCAUUCGGUCUAGCCAACGCACCUGCAGUGUUCCAGGCGUUGGUCAAUGACGUGCUCCGGAACCUCCUCGACUACAGUGUCCUAAUAUUUCUGAAGGAUGAGUGAACACCAGCAGCACGUUCGGCAGGUCCUCCAACGCCUUCUCCGUCACCAGCUCUGCGUCAAGGUGGAGAAGUGUGUGUUCCACACAGAGACAGUCUCCUUCCUGGGGUUCAUCGUCACCCAGGGGGACCUACGGAUGGACCCAGCCAAGGUCAGUGUGGUACUGGAUUGGCCCCAGCCCUCAUCCCUCAAGCAACUACAACAUUUUUUAGGGUUUGCUAAAUGUUAUAGCCGAUUUAUUCGCAAUUUUAGCUCCCUAGCCGCUCCCCUGACAGCCCUCACCCAGACGAGCGUACCCUCCUUCACCAGGACCCCGGAAGUGGGGAACGCAUUUGAUGCGUGGUCCUCUGUAGCUCAGCUGGUAGAGCACGGCGCUUGUAACGCCAAGGUAGUGGGUUCGAUCCCCGGGACCACCCAUACACAAAAAUGUGUGCACGCACGACUGUAAGUCGCUUUGGAUAAAAGCGUCUGCGAAAUGGCAUAUUAUUUAUUUUAUUAUUUUAUGCGCUUAAACAGCACUUUACAUCGGCCCCGGUCCUCGGGCAUCCUGAUCUGUCCCUGCUGUUCAUUGUGGAGGUGGAUGCUUUAGACGUUGCGGUGGGAGCAAUCCUGUCCCAGCGGUUCCUCACGGAUGGUAAGACUCACCUCUGCGCGUUUUUCUCACGUCGGCUGACAACACAAGUGGCCCAGCCAGAGCCCGGACUUGAACCCGAUCAAACAUCUCUGGAGAGACCUGAAAAUAGCUGUGCAGUGACGCUCCUCAUCCUCCCCAUCCAACCUGACAAGGCUUGAGAGGAUCUGCAGAGAAGAAUGGGAGGAACUCCCCAAAUACAGGUGUACCAAGCUUGUAGCGUCAUACCCAAGAAGACUCAAGGCUGUAAUCGCUGCUAAAGGUGCUUCAACAAUGUACUGAAUAAAGGGUCUGAAAACUUCUGUUAAUGUGAUAUUUCAGUUUUUUAUUUCAAAAAACAUGUUUUUGGUUUGUCAUUGUGGGAUAUUGUGUGCAGAUUGAUGAGGGGGAAAAACAAUUGAAUCCCUUUUAAAAUAAGGCUGUAACGUAACAAAAUAAGGAAAAAGUCAAGGUAUACCAGCAACGAAUGGUAAUAUUAAUACAAUAAAUCAAUUUAUUAUGGCAGUGGCGUAUGUGGUGUGUGCAUGGUAAUGAGUGAGUGUGAGUGUAUAUCAGUGGAGGCUCCUCAGAGGAGGAAGGGGAGGACCAUCCUCCUCAGUGAAUUUCAUAAAAAUACAAAUGGUAAAACAUUGAAAAAGUUAUCCUUUUUAGAUAAAACUAUACUAAAUAUAUUCACGUCACCAAAUAAUUUAUUAAAACACACUGUUUUGCAAUGAAGGUCUACAGUAGCCUCAACUGCAGUCUGUAGGGUAGCACCAUGGUGUAGCCGGAGGACAGCUAGCUUCCGUCCUCCUCUUGGUACAUUGACUUCAAUACAAAACCUAGGAGGCUCUUGGUUCUCACCCCAUUCCAUAGACUUACAAAGUAAUUAUGACAACUUCCGGAGGAUGUCCUCCAACCUAUCAGAGCUCUUGCAGCAUGAACUGACAUGUUGUCCACCAAACCAAAGGAUCAGAGAAUGAAUCUAGUACUGAAAGCAUAAGCUACAGCUAGCUAGCACUGCAGUGCAUACAAUGUGGUGAGUAAUUGACUCCAAGAGAGAGAAAGACAAUAGUUGAACAGUUUUCAACAAUUUAAUUUCUUCAAUAAUGAAGGAGAAGCUAGAGAAAGAGAGAGAUUUCGUCAUUCGUCAUACAGCUGAUGUGUUGUUCAUUGAAGUCCACAAAUGAAGGGAAAAGGUGAAAGGAGGAGAGUGCAUAGAGGCGAGAAGGAAUACAACGUGGCUGCUAUGAAAGUGAACUGUGUUUAUGCAUGAUCAGGGGUGUAUUCAUUCCACCAAUUCUGUUGAAAAACUUUCCUUAAACGGAAGCAAACGGAACAGAAAUAAAAAUACCUGAAUUUGUCCAAUAGAAACUCUAGUUUGCAACCGUUGGACUAAUGAUUACACCCUAGAUAAGCUAGAUUCAGGCAAGAGUGUGCAAGGCGGUAUUGAGUGUGUCAAUGUCAAUCCAUGUGUCACUGUCUGUCAUCUCAAAUUUUUCUCUCGACCUGUGUCCACCUAUGUUGUAAACUUAACUUUCAUUCAUAGGCUAGGUUGUAGCAACCUCAUGAUGGGAUAGGGAAAAUGUGAGUAUCAUGUAGUAGCCUAAACCUAUCGAUGUUACAUUGAACUAGGUGAAUGGAAUAUGAAUGACAGUCAUCCAACAUGUUGUAAUAGAAAUAAGGCCAUGCUCAUAAAAAAAACAUUGUCCUCCAUCAUCAUAAAUGUCACUGACCGCCACUGGUGUAUAUGUAAGGUAUCAGUCAGUGUGUGUAUGUGAGCAUGAUUGAAUGUAAAGAGUGUCAGUGUAGGUGUGUGUGGUUGAGUGGUAGAGACCUGAGUAUGGGCAUUGAGUCUGUGCAGGUAGCCAAUGCAGAUAAUCUGUGGGAGAGAGGGAGGGCAUGGGUAGUUAGCUAUUCAACAAUUUUAUGCUAUUCAACAGUCUUAUGGCCUGGGGAUACAAGCUAUUUCGGAGCCUGCUGGACGGGAGAAGAGAGAACGGUCCAUGGGAGGAGUCCUUUUCAGUUUUUCUGGCCUUUCUCAGACACUGCCUCAGACAUUUCCUGCAAUUCUAUACAUUUUGCCAUAGGGUGUAGAGAAAGUGUUGCAUUUUCUGUCAUUUCUUCACAUUUUGCCAUGGGGCAGAGAAAAAUGUACAGUUUUAAAGCUAAUUUCCUAUAAUUCUACACAUUUUGCCAUGGACUGGCGAGAAACUUUGGCAGUUUAAAAGUACAUUUCCUGCAUUUCUAGACAUUUUGCCAUGACUUGUUCAUAUGAUAUCUGUGUGAGAGUGACUAACAAAAUCAAUGGGGUUCCCCUGGAGGUCAGGGCCCCUGAGCACAUGCCCUGCGUGCCCGGUUGGUAAUUUUUGGUAAGGUUUAGAUAGCUGGCUAGACUACCUUACCGAGCAAUCAAAACAUUUUUAGCUGACAUGAGCUAAUUUAGUGACUGACAUAACAUGUGGAAAACUGCUGAUGCACAACCAAAUUUAGAAAUUGCUCCUUGUGUAUUCUACUUUUAUAUCUCUCCACAGUAAGUUGAGACCCCGACUGAGUUCCUAAUGUGGCCGCGGGGCACUACACGCCACGCGUAGUCUGCGUAUAGGAAGAGGCGGCUCUGCCUUAUCCUAAUGCCAUUCAACUGACAAGUCUGGGCCCCAGUUACAGCAGCAUGGCAUUUAAAUUACUUUUAACCUCCUCUGCCACCAAAGCCCUCUCAAACAAGAUUAUGAAAUCCCCCCUACUUAGUCAUUUGUGGUAAUUAAUGGUUAAGAAAAGACAAUCAAGUCCGGGCCAUGGCACAAAUUAUACCAUGGCCCCUGUGCCAACCCUGCCCUAAUUCCUCCAAUGCCAUAAUCCUUUCAAAAGAUCCAAAGGAUGGUAUAUAAGCCCUAGGGUAGUUGAGAAGAAUGGAUUGGACUUCAGCAGUCAACUUCAGGAACUCCUGUUAACCAGUCCAGGAUGGCAGAGCUAGGAGUGUUUGCUGCCAGGGGGCACGUCGAUACAUCAAGUGAAUCAGGCUUCGCCUACACUAACAGCAAUCACACCAAAUGUACAGUACAUUUUGUACAGUGUAGUGCCUUGGGUGAUAUAAUUCGGUAGUAUUGAAAGAGCCUAAUUCUGUGCAUUCCCCAAAAUAUUGUAGUUAUUGUAGAUUUACAGAGGGUAAUGGUGUCCUUUUUAAACUAAAUUGAUGUUGCUAAAGGUCUUUUGUUGCAGUGUAGUUUCCUAUAAGUUAUUUCACAAACAGCAGACCUGCUAUUUGUAACUGGCAGUAGCAGUACGCACAAUACAUUUAAUUAUUUGUGUCAGGACAAUGUUUUUCUUGUUCAUAACUUUUGAUGCACACAUUCUGUUCAAAAUAUUGGUUAUUGUCCUCAUAUGACUAUAUCAAUAAGUCAGGAAUUGAUAUUAAAUUAAAAAUGUGUUUAUAUUAAAAUAUUAUUUGUUUUAUCUCUUCUUCUUUUGCAGAUCCUUUUGAGGGCCCCGACUACCACAUUGCUCCAAGAUGGGUGUACAAUAUCUCAACACUUUGGAUGAUCUUUGUGGUCAUCCCCUCAGUCUUCACCAAUGGCCUAGAGUCAACAUGA